UUCUUCUCAUCGUCCCUUUCUGUAUACGGACAAAAUUCUUUCCCGGAAGGAUACGUCCACACUGACCACGCGUCAUUUGAGCCAAAGUCAGAAAGUGGGUAUUUCAAGGAAAUUUCGCUUACAGACAGCAGAAAGUGGGUUUUCCUCUACCUAAAUUCAUUCAGGAAUCGAUCAUUUGCUUUUAUGCUAUCGGCACUUUUGCAGUUAAACAUGUCUUAUUUCCCUUCUGCUUCAUCCUCUAGUUCGGAAAGCACUUUUGACUACGACGUGUUCUUAACUAUCAGCCACCCCAAACAUCAUGAGAAAACCUACUUCGAAAAAAACUUAAGAGAUGUUGGAAUCAGAACUUUGAUUGAUGAUCAGAGGGAGGAGUUUUCCAUGCAUGAGAUAGUAAAGUGCAGAAUGGUUGUGGUUGUUUUCACACCAGACUUCGUUGAAUCCGACGUAUUUCUGGCGAGACUGAUGAAUAUAAGGCGGUGCCAAAAACUGACGAACAAAGAAGUGUUGCCUCUGUUCUGUGGAGUGAGUGAGGAGCAAGUACGUGAGCAGUUUGAGGAUAUGGAUCAGAGAAGAUUAGAUGCUUGGGAUUUGGAUUUCGAUUUGGAUUUUGGAGGAUUUCCAGCUGAAGCUGCUUCGCUUUUGGAUUCAGGAAGAGCCACCGCUGAAGCUGCUUCGUUAUCUGGCUUUACUCUGUUGUCUGAUUUGGGGAAUAAAAUCAGCAACAUUAUUGCGAAUUUAUACAAAUACUUGUUUCAUGAAGACUUGUUUCACGAUCUUCAAUACCAUCAAGCAGGGUUACGACUUCGUGUAAGAGAAUUGCUUGAUAUUUUGCGACAAAAAUAUAUUGCUUCAGGAGAUACGAUCAUAGUUGGAAUCUGGGGUGUUGGAGGUAUUGGUAAAACUACGAUUGCGAAAGCUUUUUAUGAUAAAAUUGGUGGUGAUUUUGAGGGUAAAAGUUUCCUUACAAAUAUCAAGGAUGUAUGGGAUAAGCGUAAUGGUAGAGUUCUUAAAAAGCAGCUUAUUUCAGAUAUUUCUGAAGUUGAACUCGAUGAGAAAAGUGAUGUCCUAGUGAUACAUGAACAAAUGAAGCAAAUACUCCAUGGAAAAAGAGUCCUAGUAGUACUUGAUAACGUAGAUAGUGGAUUCCAGCUCAUGGAACUGUGUGGGAAUAUCAAGUGGUUUGGUAGAGGGAGUUUGAUAUUCAUUACAGCAAGAAAUGAGGAUAUCUUUAAAAACUUUGUUGAUGUAUCAUAUGAAAUGAAAAGGUUAGAUAGUGAUGAGUCUAUUAAGCUUUUCAACUGGCAUGCAUUUAAGAAAUCUACUCCAACAAAUGAUUUUGAGUAUCUUUCAUCCACAAUCAUUACUUUUUGUGAAGGACUACCAUUGCUUCAUGAAGUUAUUGGCUCUCUUUUACAUAAUAGGACAUUACAAGAGUGGCAAGGUGUAUUGAAUGAAUUGGGUAGGACUUCUUAUGGUCAAAUAAAAACAAAGCUCUACAUUAGCAUUGAUUUUUUAACUGGUUCAGAGAAAGAUUUGUUCUUUAAUAUAGCUUGUUUUUAUGUGGGUCAGAGCAAAAACUAUGUUAUACAGUUGUUAAAAGGAUCAAGAUUUCCUGUGAAAAUGGGAAUGCCCGUAAUCAUUGAGCGUAACCUUGUAAAGGUCAUGAAUGACAAGCUUUAUGUUCAUGAUUUGCUGCAAGAGAUAGUAAGAAGCCAUCGUGACAAGCCACUGUUCAAAUAUAGUUAUGAUGUAUUCUUAAGUUUUAGAGGUGAUGAUACACGAAAAUCCUUUGCUACUCAUCUUUGCUCUGCUAUAAAGCAAGCAGGUAUUGACAUCUACAUGGAUGAAGAACGAAUUGAAAGAGGAAAAAACAUUUCAUCUUCACUACUGCAAGCAAUUGAAAGUUCCAAAAUUUCAAUAAUUAUACUAUCAAAGAAUUAUGCUGGCUCUAGUUGGUGUUUGCAAGAAUUAGAGAAAAUCAUGGAAUGUUACCGAACAACUUAUCAAGAGGUUUUACCUAUAUUUUUUGAUGUGCGACCAUCUGAAGUUUGAAAACAAACAAAUUCUUUUGGAAGAGCAUGGGAUAGACUUAUCAAGAGAAAUUCAAGCAAUGAAGUGGAGACAUGGACAAUUAAUUCACGGAGAGCCCUCAUAGAAGUUGCCAACUUAUCCGGAUGGGACAUGCAGAACUACAGAACUGAAACUGAGCUGAUUGAUGAAGUCAUUGAAACUAUUACAAAGAAGUUGGGUGACAACAAAUGCCUAUUUGUAGCUCAUCAUCCAGUGGGAUUGAAGUCUCGUAUGCAAGAUAUCCUCCAAUUGCUAAGAAGUAAAUCAAAAGAUGUUAUCAUUGCAGGGAUUUGGGGGAUGGGGGGGAUUGGUAAGACAACGAUUGCUAAAGCUAUCUACAAUCAAGUUGGUCAAAGUUUUGAAGGGAAGUGUUUCCUUGCAAAUGUUAGGGAAGUAUGGAAGCAACAUAAUGGCCAAGUUUAUUUGCAAGAACAACUUCUUUCAGACAUUCUAAGAGCAAGAAGGUGGGCUUUACCAAAUGUAGAAAUGGGGAAAACCCUACUGGAGGAAAUGCUUUGUAAGAAAAGAGUACUUGUUGUACUUGAUGAUGUGAACAAUGAAGACCAACUUAAAGCAUUAUGUGGAAGUCGAGAAUGGUUUGGCCAAGGUAGUAGAGUAAUCAUUACAACUAGAGAUCAACGUUUGCUUAAGAUCCUUAGAGUAUUUCAUGUCUACAACAUGAAAGAGUUGGAUGAUAAUGAAUCUCUUGAACUUUUCAGUUGGCAUGCAUUUAAGCAAGCGAUCCCUGAACAAGAAGACUUCAUUGAACUUUCAAGAAGGGUAGUUUCUUAUUCUGGAGGUUUGCCACUAGCUCUUGAAAUUCUUGGCUCCUACCUGUUUGAUAGAGAGAUACUUAUUUGGAAAAUAGUUUUGGAAAAAUUACAACGAAUUCCAAACGAUCAAAUACAAGAAAAACUGAAAAUAAGUUAUGAUGGUUUGAGUGACCAUAUAGAGAAGGAUGUGUUCCUUGAUAUAUGUUGUUUUUUGGUUGGCAAGGACAAAAGUUAUGCUACACAAAUAUUAAAUGGUUGUGGAUUUCAUGCGGAAAUUGGAAUUAAUCGUUUGAUAGAGUUGAGUCUUGUAAAGGUUGGCAACAAAAACAAACUUGAUAUGCAUGACUUAUUACGUGACAUGGGAAGGGAAAUAAUUCGUGAGCAAUCACCAGAGGAGCCUGAGAACCGUACGAGAUUAUGGUUUUAUGAUGAUGUAAUGGAUGUGUUGACAAAUACCACUGGAACGAUGGCUAUCAAGGGACUAGCUUUGAAUAAGUCAAAUAAUAAUUCAGUUUCUUUGAGUGCAAAAGCAUUUAAGGGGAUGAAGAGGCUUCGUUUGCUACAACUUAAUCAUGCACAACUUACUGGAGACUAUAAUUAUCUAUCAACAAAAUUGAGAUGGCUUUGUUGGCAUGGAUUUCCCUUAGAGAACAUGCCAAUCAACUUAUGUCUAAAAGAAAUAGUUGCCAUUGACUUAAAGUGGAGCAGUCUAAAAAAAGUAUGGGAGAAAUACCAGUUGUUGGAGAGGUUGAAAAUUCUCAUUCUGAGUCAUUCUCAUUACUUGACGGCGACACCAAAAUUUACAAAGUUACCAUAUCUUGAAAAGUUAAUACUCAAAGAUUGUCCACGUUUGUCUAUAAUUCAUCCUUCAAUUGGUGAUCUUAAAUAUAUUAUUCUGUUAAAUCUGAAGGAUUGCAAAAGCCUCAAAAACCUCCCAAGAAGUGUAUAUAAGUUGAAAUCCUUGAAGACCCUUAAUCUUUGUGGUUGCUCAAAAAUUGAAAAGUUAGAAGAAGACAUUGAGCAAAUGGAAUCUUUGUCAACUUUGGUGGCAAAUCAAACUGCUAUAGUACAAGUUCCAUUCUCAUUAGUGAGACUGAAAAGCAUUAAAUAUGUGUCUCUAUGUGGCUAUGAAGGAUUAUCUCGUGAUGUAUUUCCAUCUCUUGUUCUGUCUUGGAUGUCACCAACUCAUCGUUCAAGGUCCUUAUUCCAAACAUUUCAGAUUUUACCAUCUCUAAUUAGGAGCAUGUCACAUCCUUUAUUUGUUAAAAGCAAUGAAAGUGUGGAACCAAGGCCAAGCACAGAUGAAGCUUCAUGUCGAAAAUCUCCAACAUUAAUUGAAUUUCAUGAACAAGUUCCCAUUAAAAGAUUAGAAACAUUUACGAGUACUCUGACAAUUCAUGUUGGCAGUUUCAACAAAGUUGCUGAUACACUUUUAAAGAGUAUUUCACAGGGAUGGCAUGAUGGUGGGGUUGAUUUGUCUAUUCCAAUAGACAAUUAUCCAGAUUGGCUAGUUUUUGUAAGUGAAGGACCUUCAGUAUCAUUUAGAGUUCCUCAAGUUGUUGGCCGUCGCUUAAAAGGAGUGGUCCUCUACAUCAUCUAUUCAUCUUUUCAAGUUAGCAUGACAUCUGUAUAUCCCAUUGGUCUUAUGAUAAAGAAUUUCACCAAAGCUACUAUGGAUUUCUACAAGCAGGAUGCUGGAACAACUUUUACGGAUAAAGAAUGGCAAAACAUAGCAUCUAAUUUGGAGCCUGGAGAUGAGAUGAAAGUUAAAGUUGAAUUUGCACAUAGGUAUAAUGUGAAGAAGACUUCAAUCUAUCUUAUAUAUGCUGAGAAACUAAUGAGCUGAGCAUCACUGAGUAAAGUUAAAGCAUAUACAAAAAGGUAUUGUUUGUAAAGCUUUUAGUUAAUUGGGGUUGUCACAGUAUAGGAUUCACGUGCGCUCUUUCUCUCUGAUCUCCCCCUCCUUUUUUUGGACGAAUAGGAUUUGCUUGUUCUUAUUCUAAGUAUACUAUGAUGGUUGUUCCCCGCAAGGCUUUGCUUUGAUGACAAGUGAAGGUGAGAGGUCGAAGGCUUCAUGACUUUUACUUUUGACUUUUGAAUUUUUUUACUUUUUAUUAUUUGUUAAGGAAAGUAGAGAAAGGAACAUCCUGGAUUCCUGUUCUAGAUACUUGAAGGCGAGAGGUGGAAGGCUCUAUUUUAUAGACAUGGUAAUUUGAAUAA